AGGUCUCUCAAAGUGAAAAGCAAACAACUGUCCUUCUGCCCUUUCCCGAAAUCUAAAUGUGAUGGCCGUGCUGCUCUUCCCUGUGCAGCUGCUGGCAGUGGCUGUCACCAUUUACCUAGAGCUGGUGAGGUCUGCUCAAGGCGGCGUCUACUAUGGGAUCAAGCAGCUGCCACCCCAGGUGCCCCAGUACCAACCCCUUGGACAACAAGUACCUCACAUGCCGCUGGGCAAAGAAGGCAUCCCGAUGCAGCACAUGGGCAAGGAGGUGCCCCAUAUGCAGUAUGGGAAGGAGUACCCCCAUCUGCCUCAGUACAUGAAGGAGGUCCCGCAGAUGCCUCUGCUCGGCAAGGACAUGGCUCCCAAGAAAGAGAAAGAAAUGCCCAUACGCAGUCUGAGGGGCGAGCAAGGUCCCCCCGGUGAGCCUGGACCAAGAGGGCCACCAGGGCCACCAGGAUUACCGGGUCACGGUGUGCCAGGAGCCAAAGGAAAACCAGGCCCGCAAGGGUAUCCAGGAAUUGGGAAGCCGGGUUUGCCGGGGAUGCCAGGGAAACCGGGGGUCAUGGGGCCCCCGGGGCCGAGAGGGGAGAUGGGGCCAAAGGGGGAGGUCGGGCCCAUGGGGAUACCCGGGCCACAAGGACCGCCGGGGCCUCACGGGCUUCCCGGCAUAGGGAAGGCGGGUGCUCCGGGGCUGCAGGGACAGCCGGGGCUGAAGGGCGAGCCCGGGAUGAAGGGGCCCCCGGGAGCCCCUGGGAUCCCAGGGCCAAAAGGGGAGAAGGGGCCGGGGAUAGACGGCGUCAAGCCCCCCUAUGGCUACAUGGGCAAGAAGGGCAAGGCUGGCGGCGCCGUCUACGAGAUGCCCGCGUUCACGGCAGAGCUCCUUACCCCCUUCCCCCGGGUCGGGGUGCCCGUGAAGUUCGACAAGCUCCUCUACAACGGCCGGCAGAACUACAACCCCCAGACGGGGAUCUUCACCUGCGAGAUCCCCGGCGUCUACUACUUCGCCUACCACGUCCACUGUAAAGGGGCCAGCGUCUGGGUGGCGUUGUUCAAGAACAACGAGGCGCUGAUGUACACCUACGACGAGUACAAGAAGGGCUUCCUGGACCAGGCUUCGGGCAGCGCCGUUGUCCAGCUGAUGCACGGAGACAAGGUUUAUGUUCAAAUGCCAUCCGAGCAGGCGGCAGGACUCUAUGCCGGGCAGUACGUUCAUUCGUCUUUUUCAGGAUAUUUAUUGUAUCCCAUGUAAAACAAAAACCAGACACAUGCACAUACACACAAAAUCAAAACCUUUCUUCUCUGCUUCAAACUUUUAUACCACGAAAGAUGCAUUUUAUGACUGUUUCGGACCAUCUUGUAUUAAAAAAAAAAAAUAAAUACAAAGUUCAACAUUAUGCACAGCUAGUUAUAAAAAAAAAAGGUGUGGUGAACAUAUCUAAAGAUGUGUAUCAGGUUCAUAAACAGUUGUUUUGCACCCAAGGGGGACAUAUUAGCUGUACAUUAUAUAUUUCUGUGAUGCCAUGCUUACUUCAUUUCACUCACAGUAAUUCAGUACUAAGGUUCAAGUUCAUUCUGUGUACGUCACUCACUCCUGUUGCAUAGUUGACUGUUGCAUUGAUCAUAGUUAUGAGAUGAAAACCAGUGACUUAAACCAGAGUAGGUCUGUCUCAAAUUAUAUAGAAAAAUUUGAGUGGCUUUUUAUUUGUUUGGGUGGGGUUUUUUGGGGGGGUUUUUUGACAGCAGGUCUGCCUGACAAGCAAAGAUUCUCUUAGCUGGAGACCUUUAUUUCCCUUCCCCCCAUAUAAAAUGUUCCUGCAGGUGUGUUUUUUUCCUGAACAAUUUAUUUAUGAUGGAAAAGGAGUACUGAUGGUGUAGCUAUUCUCCGCGAGCCUUCUCCGGCAGUCAUUGGACCCAGAACGCCGCCACUGACUCCAGCAGGCGCCGGGUUCACCUCCAAAUGCCACAGCACUCGAAAAGUCUCCAUCUGCGUUUGCGCAGUUGAAGUAGGUGAGGUAGAUCAGAGACAAAAACGAAGGGCUCCCCGUUCGCUUUGUGCCACGUGAUUGAGACAUCUUGGCCGACACGUGGCAAUACAGCAGGGCGGUAUAAAUGCGCUGGGAUUUCUGUGCUCGCGCUAAGAACCUGCGUCUGUUUGGCUUGUCAGAAGAGACGCGUAUUCUGCCACUCAGCGAAAAUUAAAUCAGCGUACUCUUCAAUGACUAGGCAAAGCAGAAGUAGCUCUGUUCGCUCAUUAACUAGUUUGUUGUUCGAGAUCAACCGGUAACUGUACCGGCACAAUACUGAUCACGCAAAUUGAUCCGAGAACUUCAUUUUAUAGAAAAGCUGAUUUCCAAUCCUUAUUUAUAUGUUACCGGUUGUCAAGGAGAACCUGCAGGCCUCGAUCUUUUCUGUGCGUGAGGAAAGCAACUUCUCUGCAAGAGCUGUCUGUUCAUCCACGGUGCUAAUCUCACCUCAAAAGUAUUCGCUUCCGAAGGGCAGGGUACUUUGCUGUGGUUCCCUGUACAGUGCUGCACAUCACACACUGUUACGCUAGUUGAAAGAGUUAAAUACUCAUCACUUCUUCAAUGUCUUUAGCUAAUGCUACCGCUUUUGAUUCAAAAAUGAACUAGAUUUUUCAUGCACAACUAAGAUUGGAUUUAACUGGCAUUACCAUUAUUUAAAUGCAGAGUUUAAUGCAGUCUAACAUUGACUAAGGACUCCAGUGAUAUAAUGUGGUGCUUUAUCUCAGAAAUUUUAUGGAACGGUGGCAGGAACGGACGGACAGUUUACCAGGCAUUGGUGACUUUGGUGUGUUCCCAGAAUAUGAGAUAUGUCAAA